UUGAACCUUUAAAAACACAUACUAAUUCUCUUGCGCAUACUCUUCCUUUCAAUCUUUCUCUCUUCUAAUCACACAAUUAUGGUGGUUCCUUCUCCAUCUCCCAUUAGAAGCAAGAAGACAAAGGCAGUUGGGAUUCCAGUAAUAGACCUUUCUCUCAAUAGGUCUGCCAUAGCAGAACUCAUAGUGAAUGCAUGUGAAGAUUAUGGCUUUUUCAAGGUGGUUAACCAUGGUGUGCCCAAGGAGAUAAUUGGGAGGUUAGAGGAGGAGGGGCUCAGUUUUUUCGCCAAACCCAGUUCGGAGAAGCAGAAGGCAGGGCCAGCUAGUCCUUUUGGCUACGGCUGCAAGAACAUUGGAUUCAAUGGGGACAGGGGGGAGCUUGAGUAUCUUCUUCUCCACACGAAUCCUGUCUCCAUUUCUGAGAGAUCCAAAGCCAUUUCCAAUGACCCCACAGAGUUCAGCUGUGCUGUGACUGAUUACAUACAAGGGGUGAGAGAGCUGUGCUGUGAGAUUCUAGACCUGAUUGGGGAGGGGCUGUGGCUCCAGGAUAAGAUGGUGUUUAGUAGGAUGAUCAGGGACGUCCACAGUGACUCAGUCAUCAGGGUCAAUCACUAUCCGGCAGUCAAGGAUGUGAAAGAGUGGGACCCAUGUGACCCCAUUGGAUUCGGAGAGCAUUCUGACCCUCAGAUUCUGACCAUCCUCAGAUCCAACGACGUCCCGGGCCUCCAAAUCCGUCUGCGUGAUGGGUUAUGGGUCCCUGUCCCUCCCGACCCCACUGAAUUCUGUGUCUUCGUCGGCGACGCAUUAGAGGCAAUGACAAACGGGAGGCUGAUGAGCGUGAGGCACAGAGCCUUGACAAGCUCAGUGAAGGCCAGGCUAUCAAUGAUGUACUUCGGAGCUCCACCCCUAAAUGCAUGGAUAUCUCCUCUUCCAGACAUGGUGUCACCCCAGAAACCUUCUCUCUACAGGCCUUUCAGUUGGGUUGAAUACAAGAAAGCUGCAUACUCCCUAAGAUUAGGAGACCGCCGCCUUGAUCUCUUCAAGAUCAAUACUAGUAGUACUGGAGACAAAGUUGAACUAUGAUUAGUAAGAAAAUUUUGUGCUAGGAGAAAGCCAUAUUCAAGGCGCUGUGUGUAUAUAUAUAUAUAUAUAUAGAUAUAGUUGUUACACAUAUGAGUUGGUCAAUGGGUGAUCUUAUGAUUUCAUUAGAUUUUUGUAUUUUGUGAGAAUUCUAUGUAAACCUAGUGUGAGUUUGAAGCUAUAAUACAAGAUUCUUUUCGCAUUGCCUUAGUAAUUAAGACCGAAGAGCAGCACGCUAUAACACAAAAUCUGUCUUCCCAACAACAUUAUAUGACUAGGAGUUGAUAAGUCAGGGUUGUUGAAUCAAACCUUAUCCAUGGUGGCUUAAGAAACAAUGUUAGGUAUGAAAAUACCAAUGAUUUGGACUGACUUCGGAAAAUUAAAGCCUAUUAUUUUAGUGAGUUGAUAGGGAGCUCUACGCAAAAGUGUUGCUGAUAUAUUUAAUUUCCAGGAGUCAUUUCCAAGUGAUAAUAUAAGCCAAAAGUUACUCUGUUCAUGUUUUGUAGUGGCAGACCAAAACAAUUUAUUGGAUUCGAUAUCUUCUUUGUAAGAUGGAAAUAAGCUAAAGGCUUGGAACUCAACCUCAUUCCCUUUGUUGUCCAACGCUCCUUGACCCAUCGUGUAAAGAAGGUUUUUUCAGAUGGCCAACUCUUUACAUGACUUCCAUGGCAAGGCUUGCAUGAAAGAAUUUCACGUCUUAAAUAUUUCUCUAGGACAAGUAAUUUAUGUUGCAUGACCCAAUGUAUUCCAAUUAUGCCCUGGAAAAUUCUGUUGAUUCACUCUCGCUGCUAUGCAUUAGCCCAUUGUUUUUUUGUGAAUUAGGGAGGGUGCUUUUGUAAUCUCCAUCACCCACAAUAAACAUCUAAUGGAUUUCAAUGGUUGUUGGUGUGGUCUUCGCUUAUAUUAUAUGCUGGGUUGUACAAAUGUAUAAGAAGGAAAGAAAGAAAGGAACUUGGGAGCUCGGUUUCAGAGUUUGAGGCCUCUUUUUCUGAUGUGAGAAGGCGAAAUAUGGCCUCUCUAAUGUUGUUAUUGGGAGCGUUAAUGAGGUGGCACCAGAACUUUUUUACAGGUGAGGGAUGGAGAGGGGAGCAGUAUGGGGCUGAAGACAAUUUAAGAGGGAAUGGGGACGCAGUCCCUGGUAUGCAGUAUGACUACGCUUCGGGUCCUGUGAAGGAAGAAGAUGAGGCCCAAACCUGGAAGAUAGCUGAUUGUUGCAUUUGGCCUUAGAAUUACAACGGCCACUUGAUGCUUGAUAUUUGCUUCUUCUCUUCUUUUCGACUGUACGUACAAAUGCCAAUUUGUUCAGAUAACUUUAGUUUCAGACGAUCCAAUCUUCAUAUAUAUGUAAUUUUCCUUCUAGUUUACUUUAUUUGUCC